AAAUGCGAGGUGCAGUGAUUUGAAUCAGAUCACUAACGUGAAAUUUUACUGCUUGAUUAUAGAGUACAAAAGUCUAAGGAAACUUUGAAAUGAAUACUGCGACAAUCAACUGCGUUCUGUUAUGCUGUCUUGUUGGAGGAGCCUACAGUUUAGUUGGUGAAAUUCCUACGCAGCAAAGCUGUUAUCUCGAAUCAUUUCGACGUGUCUUCUCGCACACCAUUUGGUACCCGCAUUGUUAUGGAGCUUACUACAACGUCCAGCAAUGUGAUCUUCUUGGAAGAUGUUGGUGUGUUCGGAUGCAAAGUGGAAGAUCCAUAUCGGAUGUUUAUCACGCUCAUGGAACCGUCGACUGCUUCAGAACACAAUCUACAUGCCGAGGUAAAAUGAUGUUCUACCAAUGCCCAACCUGCAAUGUAACAUGUGCUGAUGUUGGUAACCCUCCGUCUUGCUCGCCCACUUCGUGCAUCCCACGAUGUCAGUGUCCACCAGGCUUCUAUCUCAAGAAUGAUCAGUGUGUGACUGCUGAUCAGUGCAGACCAGCAUGUCCUGGCAACCAACUGUACAGCACGUGUGCCGGUUGUGAACAAACAUGUCAUCAACGCAACGUCAAUACCCCAUGCACGCUGCAAUGUCGGCAGGGGUGUGCUUGCCCAAGCGGAACUUAUCUCCAUGGUGACCAAUGUUUGACAGACGCUCAAUGCUCGGUGGCUCUCGCGUGCCCACAUAAUCAAAUAUAUUCACUUUGCGCUGGAUGCAGCCAAACGUGUGCGGGGCGUAAUACACCAACUAUAUGCACACUACAAUGCAGACAACAGUGCACUUGCCCAACUGGAACUUAUCUACACAAUGGACAAUGCUUAACAAAUGCACAAUGUGACGCUGCUUUGGCGUGUCCCAGUAACCAGGUAUACUCCUUAUGUGCUGGGUGUGAUAUGACUUGUAGCCAACGAGGUCAGCUCAUAGGGUGUGCUACCAUAUGUAGACAGAAGUGCACAUGUCCACCUGGUAUGUAUUUGGAGGGAGACACUUGUGUGACAGGGGAGCAGUGCUCUGCAUCACAAGCUUGCAAUGCAUCACUUAACGAAGAAUUCAUGGUCUGUGCUGCCUCGUGUGACGCAACUUGUGACGAACCUCAAAGGUCAUGCUCGACAAUCAAAACAUGUCGUCAGAGAUGUGCGUGCCCGAUUAAUCAUGUCCGUGACGCAAAUAACGUCUGUGUAAACGCUGAUGCGUGCACAACAGGCGACCAGGGAGCUCAAACUGCUUGUCAGCAGCAACAAACAAGUCCGCAGCCACUGGAGUGCGAUACAGAGGGCAACUUUGUGACACAACAAUGCAACAAUGGUGUUUGCUUCUGCGUUGAUUCUCAAACCGGCAGCGAACUUACUGGAACCCGAAAACCAACCUCCAUGUUUGACCUUGACUGCCAGUUCCUUAGUGCCUGUCCCGCUGACUCUGCAUUUGCCUCUUGUGCCACCGAGUGUCCACCCACAUGUUCGAACCCCAACCCCCGAUGUACGAGGCGUUGUGCGGUUGAUUGUGUGUGCAACAGUGGAAUGAUUAAAGCAUCCGCCACCAACCGAACUUGCGUUCCAAUGAGCGAUUGUCCAGCUACACCAAGCUGUCGCAUCGCUAGAGCAAUGUUGCCAGGCAACCCCGUUUUCCCACAAUGCAAUGCGGACGGUACCUAUGUCCCCACACAGUGCGAUGCAAACGACAACUGUUAUUGUGUUUACGAGAAUGGUACGCGCAUCACUGGUAGUGAAGGGGUGUCGUCUCUGCUCAGUGCAUUGAACCAUAGAGCAUGCAUUGAAGCACGAACUUGUGCAGCUACACCAGGCAUGACCUUCCUCCCUUGUGCGCCACCGUGUGAUGCAACAUGUGGCGAACCACGACGUUUAUGCAGUUUGUUGGAAUCUUGUACUGCAAGGUGUGGAUGUAUGGCAGGGUAUCUACUUGCACCAGAUAAUCGAACAUGUGUACCAGCUAAUACGUGCCCUUCAAGCCAACCAGUUUGCAACUUUGAGCUCGGCGAAAUAUUCAGCACGUGUGCGCCCUCGUGUGAUGCAACUUGCUUCGACCUUCGACGUCCGUGCAGUUUGACGAAGAUCUGUCGACAGAGAUGCACGUGUCCGGAGGGUCAUGUCCGGGAUGCACUGAACGCAUGUGUUCCUGUCAGUUCGUGUGCUCCACCUCUUCCUCCUUCCUGUGACAAUGCGCUCGAUGAAGUGUGGUCAGAUUGUGCAACGGAGUGCGACGCCACGUGUGCUUUGCCACGAAAACCAUGCAGUCUUAUUCGCAGCUGUACUGAAAGGUGUGCAUGCCCCAACGGAAAAAUACGGAACUCAGAAAAUCGUUGCGUCACCUCAGAGCAGUGUACCCAAAGAGCUCUUAAUUCUCGAACUGCUUGCCAGCAGCAAUAUGACGAAAUGUCAAGCCCAUUGAUAAUGGAUGCUUUUAUUCCGGAUUGUGACAACGUUACUGGGUUGUACAUGUUGAAACAGUGCUAUGGGUUUGGGCAAAGUUCUUGUUGGUGCGUUAACCCCGAAACUGGGGUUGAACUCCCAAAUACAAGGGUGCCAGGGUACAGAGACCUUCUGGACCUUAAUUGCUCAACUGCACUUACUGAGGCUCGACGAUUGGCCAUUGCCCCACUUGAAGCUCAGUCACCCCCACCCCCUCCUGCAGAUCCAGUAACCCCAACAGCCCCCGAAACUACUAUCCCCCCACACCCCCCAUUACCCUAAGAAAAUAUCAUAGUGACAAUUACUCACAGCAUGUAACAAACUACUUCAUACAUACCUUUAGUAUUAACACAUCAAAUGUUUACUCUGGGCAACUAUUAAUAAAUGCAGAAAAAUUUGCAAGUCCGACAUACGAAUGUGCCCAGCAGUUUUCUAAUUUCUCAUACACUUACAUUUCACUUAUUCAUUUUCACUUCGAAAAUUAGUUUCGUACUCAAAAUCAUUUUUACCCAACUUACCCAUUUUCCCAUACAAACUGACAUUUUACAAUUAAACAGUGUUUCCAUAUACCUUCCUGCAGAAUGUGGAUAAAAUAUGAUACUGCAACACUAAAAAUUGACAUAAAGCUUGCUACAGUCAAAGUGGCGUAUUGGCUCUUAUGUAAAAUUAGAUGAACAUAACUAACUACUGAGCUACAACUUUUACUUCAUUCUAUUUUAUCUUGUAUUUAUAUUUAUUAUACGGGAAUUUUAAACCAGUACAGAUAUGUUUUUCUAUUGCAUGUUUUCGUUCUUGUGUCGUUUUGCAUUGUUAAAUAAAACAUGAACACAAUG